AUGGCAGACCAAACAGCCUGCUGCAAUCUGAAAGCCACCAUCGAGCUCAUCGGCCUCUCCUUCAGCGGCUUCGUCGUCCUCUUUGUAGUCUUCGUCUACGUCCGGUACCGUCUCCUGCCUCAGCUUCCUCCCGCAGGCCCUGCCCAUGACCGACGACCCAAGGCUGGCCUCGAUCCCUCCGCCGUCGCCGCUCUCCCUUCCUUCGCCUAUCGCCAUGGUGACGGCGACGGCAAGGGCAAGUGGACGUCGCUGGACUGCGCCGUGUGCCUGAGCACGGUGGAGGAAGGGGAGACGCUGCGGAUGCUGCCGGCUUGCCAGCACACGUUUCAUGCGGAGUGCAUCGACCGGUGGCUGCUCUCCAGCUCCACGUGCCCGGUCUGCCGGACCGAGGCCGACUCCAGCGAGAGGAGUGUUGCGAGUUCGUCUGCCUCCUCAGCGACGACCAUCGGAGAGACGUCGUCAUCGUCGUCUUUUCCAGGGAUGUGGUCGGGAAGAAGGCCACUGCAAGGGGAUGGAAUUCGAGACUUGGAGAAUAAUCUGUAAACAUCUUGCAAUUAUUUCCUAUUUGUUGUUGCGUAUUGCAAAAAAAAGGAAAAUUAAUAGCAGAAUUCCAGUCUUGAUGUUCUAAUAAACAAAGAGUUCUAUACCA